AUGAAUAAAUUAAUAAUUCUAUUUAUUACUUUUUCAUUAUCAAAAAAAUGUAGUGAAGUUGAAUUAUAUAAAUUCAUAACAGAUACAGUAGAUAGUGCAUUUGAAUGUAUUGAAUCAAUUGAAACAACAGAAAAAGAAAACAAUUCUAUUAUUAAUGAUUUAAAAUAUUAUUUAGAAGGAUGUGUAUUUAAAGAUAUAUUAAAGAAUCCACCACAACCAUCAUUUUCAAAUAAUUAUUAUGAAAAAGUGGAUAUUGAUGAACAACUAAAUACAAUAAAUACAAAAACAACAAGUAUGUAUGAAUUCUAUUCUCAAAUUAAAAAUCUCAUUAUUUCAACAAGAGAUUCUCAUUUAAGUUUUAGAAUAAGAAAUGAAAAUGAAUUUUUUAAUUUAAAUGAAAAUAAUGAAAUAACACUUUUCUAUUAUUUCCUUCCAUUUACAACAAAUAUUGAUAAUAAUAAGAAAAUGUAUUUAAAUCCAAGGUAUUACUAUGGACUUAGCUUUGUGAAUACACCGAAUGAAAUAAUAAAUAAUCAGAAUGUAGUAGUUAAAACAGUUAAUGGAGAAUAUCCAUUUAAUAUUAUUCAUGAAUUUGGAAAGAAAUAUUCUGCUUUAAAAUGUCCACAUGCACAAUUUACAGAAGCAAAAGAUGAUUUAGUUGAAGGUAAAAGUCUAACAGUUAAUUAUAAGAUAUAUAGAGAAACAACAGAUGUAACAAAAAGCAAUGAAAAAAUAAAACAAGGAAUUAGAAAACCAUUAACUGAAGAAGAAACAAAAGAAAUGAUCAAUACAAAGAAAGCAUUAGAAGAAAAUGAUAGAAUUACCACUAAAUUUAUAUCAAGUGAUAGUAAUAUUUAUUGUACAUUUUGUGUGAAUGGUGUGAACACAUUAGUAGUUAAAUCUUUUGAUACAAGAGACACAACAACAUAUGAAGAUACAAUUACAGAAUGUAUUGAUUUAUUUGAUUCUAAUAAUUAUCCUAUUCAAGUAAUAUUCCCAAAGAAUGGAGGAGGUUAUAUUAUUUAUUCACAAUGGAUAGAAAAGAGAUAUCACCACAUGAUGAUAAACUUUAUUAAAAAAGGAUAUGCAGUAAAUUUAUAUGAACCAGAGACAUGCCAAAGAAGAAGAGGAAAAUUUAUAAGUAGUGUUCCUCUUUUAAAUUUAUUCUCACUUGGAGAAUUGUAUACAAAACCAAAUAUUAUUAAAUAUGGUGAUGUUGAACAUAAAAUUACACAACCUUCAAUUGAAGUUUUUCCAAAAAAGAAAAUAAUGAAAAAUCCAAGAAAACCAACAGAAAUAGUAGUUUAUACAGAUUCAUAUUGUUAUUCUGCUUGUUCACUUGUUACAAAAGGAUUAAAAGAAUGUUGA